UGUACUUGACACUGGCGGUAUCCUCACGCUGCAGUCAAAUACCAACCUCCUGAUUCUACUGGCUAAUGUUACUCUAAAUAAGAUAGCGGAGAUUUUAGGGUUUUCUUACGCAGAAUUUUAUGUCGACACCUAGAGUCGUCACCCGGCCACACUGAGUUUUGAUUAGUGUCUGAAAAUUCUGAACAUUUCUCCGCCUGAAUGGCAGACCUCGAGAUGCCAGCCAAAACACAUGGAGUUGGGGUCUUCUUAGAGCUGAGGAGAAGGCUCCAGAGUGGACUGCUUAUUGUCGGGAAAGAUGUUGCCAAAAGUCCUGCCGAUGUGGUCGUGACAGGCGGAGAUUCUUCUCUCAACAUCCGGACCCCCAGAGGCCAUUUAAGCUUGAGUUUGCCGGCAGGAGUCACCUUCGAGCAGGGAUCCUGUGUUCCAACACCUGCGGGAGAAUCCUGCGGAGAGGAGCUGCAUUUCAGAUUGCGCAUCAGUGUCAUGCAAAGCGCAAAUGAAGAGGCGUCUGACAGCAUGAUGGAGACACUCCGGGCAAAAGAGACUUAUUGCUUCUACUGCCAGGGCUGCAUGACGAGGCUGCUCGAGGACAGAGUGUUUCAGAGAGUUCUUCCUCUCCCUAACGGCAACUGGAACGCCAUCGUGGACGACUGGUGUUGCCACCCUGAUCCAUUUGCUAACAAGAAGCUGCUGCCCCGAGCAGAGGAUUGUUUACUGGGUGACUCGUUCCUCCUCCUGGCCAGAGACAGCAGCUGUGAACAGACUCUCACUGAGGAAGUGAGUGCUGCUGGCUCAGAGGACAGUCAAGUUGCAAAGAAGCCCUGCCGCAAACUGACACUUGUCUCCUGCAAGAGCUGUUCUUCAGUGCUGGGAGAGGCUGUCGCAGCAGAGACCCUGAAACUGUACAUCACACAGGUGGUGGUGGAGCCCGCUGUGGGAGACAGAAAGCCAGAAGCUUCUCUUCACAGAUCCCUCUUCCUGGAGAAGACUGUAGCAGCCCGGCUGUUGGGGCUGUCCACCUCACUGAGCACCUUCCACUUCUCUGUCCAGACUCCUGAUGGAAAAGCCUUCUUAUUGCUCUGGCUGCUGAACAGCGACUCCAUCACAGCGUCAGUCCCAGAAACGUGUGUCGGGGGUGAGAGGUCUAUCAGCUCCCCCGCUCUUCACAGUCCAUCACCCGGAGCUGCCAGAGCCCUGAAACUCCUCUACACCGCCUGCUCUGACACAGGCAUCCAGCAGAGAGACAUUGUAACGAGUUGGGAGGUCAACGCCAUCGGACAUCCUGUAGUGCUGCCGCUGAAGGUGUGUGAGGAGCUGCUGCAAGUUAUAGACGACAGCAAUUCUACGCUUCCUGCAUCUAUGCGUCGCAUGAGAUCCUAUGAGGUGGCAUACCUCAGGCUGUGAGGUCAAAGAUCGGAUGCCAAGAGGUCAAGACUAUGUUCAUCACCACAGGGGAAGUCAAGAGGACCUGGGACAGCUGAGAAAGGAACUUUUCUGAACAUGUUUGGAUAUGUUAAGGUGGUAUCCAGCAGAUUUCCAGUAAGUAUGAAAUGGAGAUUACUGCAAAAGGAAAUCGUUGUGUCAUCACCUCCAACAGAAUCAUGUUGAAACAGGUUGUUGCGUGGUUUCUAAAUUCGACUGCAUAUCCAGUAAUUGCAAAACUGGAAAAGAGUGAAAUCAUCAUCAAAAUAGUUUUGCACAUUAGAUAUGAUUAUAUCUUGCUGUAGUUUAUAAUUUUUAAUACUAAUUUUUAGUCACACAUGCUUUUCAGCCACUGUAAUACUUUUUUUAUGUUUGUCCAUUCCUGAACUUUAUUUUGUUUUUUUUCCGACUAUUCUCAACAAAAACUGAUUAAACUGUUGUAUUUUUGAAGGUA